AUGAAAGGAGGAAUCCUUGAAGUACUUCUUGUUAGUGCUGAAGGCAUAAGACAUACAAAACUCAUUGGGAAAUCAGCCAAUUAUGUUAUUAUUGAAUGUGGAACUCAAGUGCAUAGAAGCAAAACUUCAGCAGGUCAUCAUGGAGAAGUUUACUGGAAUGAGAAAUUCACAUUUGAAUUCCCAUCCUCCGAAUGGGAAAAUUUGACAGACCUUAAACUUAAAAUCAUGGAUGAGAAAUAUUUCUCUGAUGGUGGAUUUGUCGGUGAAACCAUAGUUUACCUUGAUCGAAUAAUCAUGAAGGGAAACGACGAAGGAAUUAUAGAACUGAUACCAGCUCCAUAUAAUGUGGUUCUUGAAGAUGACACUUACAAAGGAGAGAUCAAGAUCGGAAUCAAAUUCAUCUCUAACGUAAGAAUAGAGAAUUGCAUAGAGGGACGAGAUCAUAUAUGA